GGAGGCUUUGGGAAACUGAUCCAACUCUCCUCCUCCUCGUUGGCCUCGGGCCUUCCGUGGCUGUUGCUUAGGAAGUCAAGAAUUUUGGGGGACCUUUCAAGAAAUGCAGACUUCGCUGAAGUAGAGACCCCUUUCUGGCACCUACCACUGCGGAUGAAGUUCCCGGUGCAGGCCACACAGGCUGUGGUAAAAUUAGCUCUUAAGCGAAUUUUUAUCCCUCCGGUUUCCACCUUGGCCUCUGUCAGAGAGUAACCCUGGCUUCUCCCACCCAAUUUUUCCUUCGGGGCGGGGACUAACCAAGUCAUUCCGCCCGGCCCUGCUCCUAGGACGUCGUACCCACGCGCCGCGCAUUGCCGUGAAAUGCAUUCGGGCGGACUGCAGACACUGGGGUGUUCGGGACUAUGGGGGACAGGCCGGAAGCCUGGGACAGGCCGGGAACAUCUGGGACCGCCGGAGACGAGGUGCCUGGACCCCGUGCCUAUGCGCGCCGCUGGGUCUUCUUGCUGGUGGUCAGCCUUCUGAGCUGCUCCAACGCGAUGCUAUGGCUCAGCUUUGCACCUGUAGCAGACACCAUCGCACAGCACUUCUUCCUGUCCAUGGAGCAAGUCAACUGGCUGUCACUAGUCUACCUUGUGGUAUCCAUCCCAUUUGGCAUGGCAGCCAUCUGGGUUCUGGACUCUGUUGGGCUCCGUGGAGCGACUGUCCUGGGUGCGUGGUUGAAUUUUGCUGGGAGUUUGCUACGUGCUGUGCCCUGCUUGGAUGUCAGGAUCCCCAAUCCCUUUGCCUUCUUCAUGAGUGGCCAGAGCCUCUGUGCCGUGGCCCAGACCCUGGUCAUCUCUUCUCCAGCCAAGCUGGCUGCCUUAUGGUUUCCAGAGCACCAGCGAGCCACAGCUAACAUGAUCGGCACUAUGUCAAAUCCUCUGGGCAUCCUUGUGGCAAAUGUACUGUCUCCUGCCCUGGUCAAGAAGGCAGAGGACAUCCCCAUGAUGCUUGGCAUCUACAUUGUUCCUGCUGCCCUUGCCUGUCUCUUGGCCACUGCCUGCCUCUGGGAGAGUGUGCCUCCUACCCCGCCAUCUGCAGGGGCUGCCAGCUCUACUUCAGAGAGUUUCUUCCACGGCCUCAAACUGCUCAUACAGAAUAAGGCCUAUGUCAUCCUGGCCAUAUGCUUUGGUGGUGGCAUUGGUAUCUUCUCCAGCUUCUCAGCCCUCCUGGAACAGAUCCUUUGUGCCAAUGGCUACUCCAAUGAGUUCUCAGGCCUCUGUGGGGCUCUCUUCAUCGUGUUUGGGAUUUUGGGGGCACUGCUUCUAGGCCUAUAUGUGGAUCGGACCAAGCAUUUCACUGAGGCCACCAAGAUAGGCCUCUGUCUGACUUCCAUGACCUUCGUGGCCUUUGCUCUGGUGUCCCAGCUACGGGGACAGACCUUUGCGUUGGCUGCCAUCUGCUCCCUCCUUGGGCUCUUUGGCUUCUCAGUGGCACCUGUGGUCAUGGAGCUGGCUGUUGAAUGCUCGUUUCCUGUGGGUGAAGGUGCCUCUGCUGGCUUGAUUUUUGUCCUGGGGCAGGCCGAGGGUGUGCUCAUCAUGCUUCUGCUGACAGCACUGACUGUGCGGCGAACAGGUCCAUCCUUUUCUACCUGUCAGCAGGGUGAGGAGCCUCUAGACUGGACAGAGUCUCUGCUGCUGCUGGCUGGCCUGUGUACGCUUCUCACCUGUGUCUUGGUGCUCUUCUUCAACACUCCAUAUCGGCGCCUGGAGGCUGAGUCUGGAGGACCCACUUCAUCCAGGAUGUGUGCCAGAGAGCCAAAGAUAAUAAGCCCCACCCAAGUGCCACCCCUUGAGACUCGUGGCUUAACAUCUCCAGCUGGGGCCUUGCAGGAAGCUCCUGACCCUGCUUCUCUCUUCAAAGGACACUCAGAAUGGGCAGAGACAUCUAGUAAAGCAGAGGCUUGCUAGGGUCUCUUUGACUGUGCCAGCCACGCUAAGAGUUCAGACAGGGAUACAAAGUCCUUAGCAUACCUAGAGCAUGAUGGGAUGGCCUUUUGGUCCUCAGAUAGACAAUGCUUGAUUAAAAAUAACUGCUGUUGUAUGGGUACUGGUCAGUUAGGGUGGACUCUGGCCGAGGCAGACUUGUGGUGGCUGCUCAGGGAGGGCCUGUUCAUGGGGAGAGGGAGUGAGUGGGUGAUUACUGGUAGGAGACUGAGGGAGUUCUGAGGGCUAUGGCAUGGCCAGUCUGAGGUGGACAGGUGUAGGAAGAUUUUGUCUCAACUGUAUGACCAGAUAGCCUGAUUCUAGGAUAGCACAGAGGGCAGAGAGCUGGUCUGAGCAGAGCAGGGAGCAGAAGGAUCUCUGGUGGAUACAUUCCCUCCAAUGAACACUCAUAGGCAAGUUUGUGUGUCUAACUUUAUUGAACUGGCUGCAGCUUGCAGCCUGAAGGAUGGAGAAGCCCAUGCUGCUUCCUCCGCAUGGGUGGGCCUGUGGCUCAGCACUUUGUAGUCUAGAUUGCCAGCCACAUCAAUGAAGGCAAACUCCAGCAUUUGAUUCACCUGAGAAUGAGCCCAAGAUAGGUAGGGUAUUGGUGGGUAUGUCAAGUUGUUGGGUGGUGGGAGGGAGAGAGACCAGGUUCCUGGGUUCCAGCCCAGACACAGUAAAUGACAGGCACUAAACUCCAUUCAGUGGGCUUCUGAUUCUUGUUUGUUUUGUUUUGUUUUGUUGGUUUUUCGAGGCAGGGUUUCUCUAUGUAGUUUUGCGCCUUUCCUGGAACUCACUUGGUAGCCCAGGCUGGCCUCGGACUCACAGAGAUCCACCUGGCUCUGCCUCCCGAGUGCUGGGACUAAAGGCGUGCG